AUGGCAGAACUUUUGCCGCCUGUGGAGACUUUGUCUGACGAUGGUGGAGAAGACGCUGGCCUGCCGCUGGUAGCUGCUCUAUCGGAUGAUGAACCUAGCCGCCCAGAGGCGCUUCAAUUGGCAGUGCCGCGUAAAAGGCCUCGAAAAGCCGAGGGGCCGGGCUUUGCUGAUGUGGAGAAGCUGCUGAAGCGGUUGGUGCAGUCCAAUUGCAGAUGUCGGGGAGGAGGAUGUAAGAUACCUUUUCGAGGUGGACAAGCUUUCGAAGACAUUUUGCAGAUGCGCUACAGGUUUUCUCAUUCAGUCAAGCGAGAUGUCGACACAGAGGUUUUCCAGAUGCUGAAGCAGCAGGGGCUUCAAGAGAGACGGGGCCUGCGGCUGGCUGGCCAUAGGGUUUGCCAGCGAACUUUCAGGUGUUUCAUCGGUCUUGCGAAGAGCCGCUUCUCACGGCUCAGAACUGCUGCUUUGGAUGGGGAACAAGUGUGCCCCUUGGAUGGGCGCAGUGUUCCGAAAGAGAAGAGUGUGUUGCCGCACAACAGCUGCCGAGCGGAGGUGGUAGAGUUCUUGGAGCAGCUCUAUCAUACUGUAGCUGAACCUCUUCCCGAAGCUGGCAAUGAGAUGCUGAGAUUGAAUUUGGGAGUGAAGAGCAAGCGCCGCGGGAAGAGACCCCGUUCCAUCUUCAAGAAGGAGACCUUUGAGAAGGGCUUUGCACCUGGUACCAAAUUCUUGCCGCCCGGCACGUUGGGGGAAUACCUUGAGCAAUGUCGAUCCGAGUUUCCGUCCAAAACCAUUGGCAGAAAAGUGUUUUGUCGAGUUUGGGAAGAGAGUUACCGAGACCGGUUGGUCAUCCGGCCAAAGACUCAACACGCCAAGCGUGGCCAAUGUGUAAAAUACAAACUGUUGCUCAAACGUCUUGUAUCCAACCCGGUGGCCAAGCGCAGCCAGAUGGCAGCUUUCAGGCAACAUUUGCGGCAACAAUAUCACGACAGAACUAUGUAUUGGCGCUCCCGCUCUCUGAGCCGUAUGGGUGGCCUUGGAGAGGACAUGACCAGAACCAUCAGCAUCUGCCUUGAUUCUAUAGACCAUUCAAAGUUUCCAUUGCCUAAGUCGGCAGCAAUGGGAAGCAAGUGUUUUGCUGGAUAUAUCAAGCCAUCCCUGACGGUGACAGGGGUGCUGCUUCACGGCCUAGCUGCCUUCCUUGUGGUUGGGGAGCCGCACUUGCAGAAAGACGGCUGCUGGACAGCCGAAAUUUUGGCCUAUUGCAUGCAUGUUCUGUGUGGUUUGCCGUGGCUCGAUGUGUCCCGUUGUCACAUCAGAUGCCACGGCGACAACAGCAGCCGCGAGCUGAAGAAUAAUUGCCUCACCCGGCUUCUUGCCGGGAUGGUAUCUAGUGGCCGUGUCCGCUCUGCAUGUUUAGAGACAUUGCAGAGCGGGCACAGCCACGAGGACAUAGAUCAAUGGUUCAGUUCUCUAUCAACAUUUGUGACCAACGAGCAAGAACUGCACACCACUGAGGAGUAUCUCAAUGCUUUGCAAAAGUUUCUCGACCAGCCCCACAACCGGCCUCAUGAACAUGUGAAGCGUGUAAUCCACAUCGACCAGGUCAGGAAUUGGCGUGACCACCUGCAGCUUUUGUGCUGCAACAACAAGCUGGUUGGCAUUGGGGGUCCCGGAGCGCCACAUCUUUACCAUUUCAGUCAGUUCCAGCAUUCAGGACUGAAUUCAACAUUAUUGCACACGGUUAUCAACCCCGCCACCUGA